UUCUGACGUGAAUAAAUAUCAGCAGUAAACAUUAUACGAUGAAAACAUUUGUUUGUCGAUGGUGGAAAAUAUUUAUUUUGUUAUCAUACAUCUUUUAUUCCAAUAUUAAAGCAUUACAAUAGGGCGGCGAAAAGUAUGUGAUUGCUGGAGUUCUCAUUAGCCAAUGUAUAAUAAAUAAAAAGCAAAAUGUCGAGAGAUAUCGAUCAGGAGGUGUCGGAUACUUUGAGUACUCUAUUGAAUUUCGAUGAGGAUAAUUUUCUCAGCCAGGAGGAAGUUGAGGAGAAUUUGAGAAACUGUCCAACCAUUGAACAUGUUUCAUCUUUGGAAAAAAUGUAUCACAAUUAUAGUAAUAAUCAAAGCACCAGUGUCAUUAUAAGUGAUGCUAAUGAUGAGGAAACUGGUGCCACCAAAAAUAUAUGCCCAAAGGAAGAUAUGGUGGUUCAAAAAACCCAUAAACAGUUAGAGGCCCUUAAAGAAUUUAACGAUGAUAGCGACCCAGUUUAUUCUCUUCCUAACGUGCAUACUGUAAAAAACGAAACUCUUUCGAAAACACUAAAUAAUGAUUUCCCUGAAAAAGAAAUUGUUUGCUCAUCAAAAUGUCGCAACGAUUUACGUAUUGUAGCGGUUCAUGGAUCUAAGGAAAUCAGUGAUGGACAAACGAGUGCCAUUGCUUCAAAAGACGUAACAAAAAAUUCCACAAUACCUGCUAUCGACAUUAAGAUGGAAUUUACAUGUUCAUCAGAACAAAUUUUAGAAGAACAAGUUGGUGAUUAUUACAUGGAAGAACAGUAUAAGGAGGAUAUAAAUUUAAAUUGUGGUACGCCAGAGAUAGGAAUAGGCAUUGUAAAUGAAAUAACGGAUACAAAUUAUAACAAUAGCCAUCAACACAACGAUCUACUCAACAAAACUAACGUUGAACAAGAUUCCCAUUACAUUAUGAAUGAAGAUAAUGACCGUGACAUUUCACAUAUAAUGAGCGAUCAUAAUUAUACUUCACAAAGACAAUUAAAUAAUGGAGAUAGUUUACGCAAACUUUUGUUAAACCAUAUUGUGAGUAAAAGUUGUUCCUCAAUUGCCAUAAAUCUUGUCAAUGAUUUUGUGGACAGAACUUUGGAAAGUAUUGAUACAUUUAAUACCCAAGGAGAUAGGGUUCAUGAAUGUUGUAAAAAUGAAUCAUUGAACAUAAUCGAUAUUUUUGCCGAUGGAAAAUCCUCAAAAUUGACGAUAUUUGAUAAGGAUUUAAAAGCUUUAUCUCAACAACAGUCUGUUAAAGCAAAGUGCGUUGAUAAUGAAACCAUUAAGAAAGAUAUACCAUUUGAACAUAAAAGUGAAUCUAUUUCCUCUAAAACAACAAAUAAUAGUUAUGAAAAUAUUACUAUGAAUAUAUCUUAUAUACCUUCGCCACAAGAAAUUUGUUCAGAACCCUUAGAAUGGCAUCUUAGGGAUUGUUCAAAGAAACCAAGUACUAUUUCAGAUACUGAACGAAAAAGUAAAACUGAUGAAGUAUUACAAAAUUCGGAACAGAAAAUGGUUGCCGAAUUACAAAAUAUCUCAGUUGGAACCCAGUCGGAAGAGUAUUAUGCGAACUCAUUGAACAAUAAAAAAUUUGAAAAUAAUGUUGAAAAGAAAAAUGAUGUAACACCUUUGAAGCAAAUAUUGGGAAACACAGAUCAAAUGUCCUCAAAGACAACUUUAUUUUGUGGAGAUUUGGAAAAACUGAAUAACCAUUAUUCCGAAAAUGAUGACGUAGUUCUUGAUACUGCUGACGAAUGUAAUGUUAACGUAAAAACCGAAAAGGAAUUGACUACAGAUGUUAACACAGAGUUAAAUGAAAGUAAUAAAUUACCAACAGAACUGGAGCAGAAAGAAAGUGAUGUACAAGACAAUAUCAAUUUCAAAACUGUUAAUAUUUUUUCUGUUCCGUCACCAUUGGAGAAUUGUUCGGAACCAAUGGAACACUCAACCUUCGAUGAAGCAUUUGAUAUUAAUUGUAAUGAAAAACUGACGGUUAUUCACCAUUUAGAGACACUAAAGUCAUUCGCUAAAUCUUUACAAAACGAUUGUGACACGUUUACUUCGUCAACAACAUCAAUCGAAAACAAGCUUCAAAAAUAUCUGCAAGAACAAUUGGAAAUAUUUAAAAAUAUAGUAAAAAACUCUGCCGCAGUUCGAUGUGAAGAUAAGUCGAUACAGACUGACAGUAGAUUAUCUAAGAAUAAAUUACGUAAACUUAAUCAAAAUAAUAAGCAUAUACUAUUGGAUCCAACGGAUUCAAGCAGUUCAAGUGAUACCAGUCAUACUGAAGCUUUGAUUAAACUACCGGGAAAUAGAAUUCGAACAAAGUGGUCAUCAAAAAAUUCGGAACUAAGUUCCGCAACAGAAAUAUUAGGUGCAAAUAAAAAAGAAAGCAUUGCCGCGGAAUAUGACGACGGUGUUCCUUUAGCAGAGUAUACGCAAUCUGAAAUAUUCGAGACGGAAACAUUUUGCAAUGAGCAGUUCUCCAACAUUAGAAAUGUAAAUAAGAAAAAUAAUUUAAGUAAUAGCGAUGAAAGCGACGAAGGAGAUACUUGGCAACGUACGAAGAGUAAUGCGGGAGCAAAUUCUAUACAAAAUGGUGCACAAAAUGAAAGCGACAAAGAAAAUUCAGCCGGUAAAAUCUUGAGUAGUAAAAAUUCUCAAAAUGAAGGAGACAGAGAAAUUGAACGCUUGAUCAAUUUGAAUGGUCUGGUAAAGAGAACGAAUCAGGGAGCGCCAAAAUCAGCCGAUUUAAAUGAAAAAGUUAAAACAAAAUCUAUUACCAGUAAAAACAAAGAUAUAGCUGAUGAUUAUAUUGAUGACGAAAUUCAGCCAGAAAUAUUUUCCGACGGAAGCAUAAGUGAAAGUGAAGAAGAGAUUAUAACGGAAAAGCAGUUUUUAAAGCGUUGCAAUGAGAAUGUAAAGCAACAAUUGCUUAGUGAUUCGGAUAGUGAAAUGUCUGAAUCUGAUGCCAGUGAUAAUAUAGAAGAGAUACUAUCUAGCAAUGAAGGAAGUAGCUCACCUUUAGUUGAAAGAUUUCUGAAAAACUUUAAUGUAAAUGAAAGCGACGAAGAGACUGAAGUAUACGAUAAAUCAGAUACAAAAGCAGCCACAGAACACGAACCCGCUGAAGCCAAAAAUACAACAAUAGAUAAAAAUAAGUCCAAUUCAUCAGAGAAUUCUGAUUGUGAAGUUUUAGAUGAAAUGGCGGCAUCAACACAGAAACAAAGUAAGCCAAAAUCGUUGGAAAAAAUGUUGUCAGUUGUAGAAAAGCGAAAGAAAAUGAACAGACUUUGUGACUCGAUAAGUCUUAGUUCGGAAAGUGAAUCGUCCGAUGUGGAAGCAGUAGAUGAGUCUAAAUCUCGUAUAAAACCAAUGUUACGUCCAGAGCAGCUAGCAACCGUAACACGUGAAGCACAACGCAACGAAACUGAACGUAUAAGGCGUUUGGAGAAAAAACACAAAAUGCUUACUAAAUUACUGAAGGAGCGACCGGAUGUAAAAGGCGAAAACAAUUUGAUUUUAGAUUACAAUGAAGAAACUAAAACCUUUAUAAAAGUGCAUCCGGAUAUAGUGAAAUAUUUGAAACAACAUCAACGUGACGGAGUAAAAUUUAUGUACGAAACUUGUUAUGGUGGCGUUGAGGCGCUUAAAAAAAGCUCUGGAUCUGGUUGUAUUUUAGCGCAUUGCAUGGGCUUGGGAAAAACACUACAGCUGAUUGCACUGCUUCAUACAGUUAUUUCAUAUAAGGAAUUGAAAACAUCUAAGGUACUUGUAUUAUGCCCUAAAAGUACAGUCAUGAAUUGGGCCGAUGAGAUUGAUCGCUGGCUAGGGCCACUAAAACCCAAAUAUUAUACAUUUCAUGAUACGUCUGAUAUCAACGAUAAAAUACAAAUACUUAAAGAUUGGUCGCAAUCAACUCAAAAUGCCGCCGGUAUAUUGUUAAUUGGCUAUGAGGCUUUUAGAACACUGGUUUUCUAUCAUUCAUAUAAAAAUCGCAGUAUUGCGCAGUCACGAUUGGAAAGCAUACGCAACGAUGUCGACAAAUAUUUAUUAAGUCCAGGUGCCGAUUUGGUGGUUUGUGAUGAAGGACACAUUAUUAAAAAUAGCAAAUCAGCAAUUAGUUUGGCAGUGUCUCAAAUUAAAACACAAAAACGCAUUGUUUUAACUGGCACUCCCAUACAGAAUAAUUUAAAAGAGUAUUACAGCAUGGUGAAUUUCAUAAAGCCGCUCUUUCUGGGUACUGAAAAAGAGUUCGCUAACCUGUAUGCUAAUCCAAUUAAAAAUGGCCAGCACAAGGAUUCUAGUAAGCGGGAUAUACAAGUAAUGAAACAACGUUCCUUUGUGCUACAUAAAAAGCUUUCUAAGUUUGUGCAGCGAAAAGAAGCUGAGCUUUUAAAGACCUUUUUGCCGCAAAAAUACGAAUAUGUGCUGUUUGUACCAAUGACAAAGGUUCAGACGGUGCUUUAUGAACACAGUUUAUCAAUAAUAUCUAAAAAAGAAGAUAGAGGCAAAGGUUUGAUCACAGAUUACACAUGUUUACGAAAGAUUUGGACCCACCCGAAAGUAUUGGAAGAUGCGUGGAAAAAUGCGACAGCUCAAAAGCACAGGAAAGAUCCGCGAAAAAACCAAAAUGUUAACUCAGAUGACGAUCAGCCUGAUGAUGUCUACGACAGUCAGACUGGGGUGAUAUCUGUGACGAAUGAUUGGUGGCGUAAUCUACUUACAGAAAAGGAUUUAGAAACUAUAUUGCCUAGCAAUAAGCUGCGUACAAUGUUUGAAAUAUUACGUAUGUGCGAAGAGAAGGGCGAAAAAUGUUUAAUAUUCUCCGCUUUUGUAGCCGUUUUAAAUGUUGUGGAAUACUUUUUCAAAAAGAUGAAUGACAAAGAUCCAGAUACUUUAAAGGAAUUAAAAAUGUCGCAAGGCUAUCAAGUCAAAAACACAUGGAUACUCGGAAAGGAUUACUAUCGUUUAGAUGGCAAAACGCCGAAACUGAUACGUCAUGAAAUGAUUGAGCAAUUCAAUUCGGUAUCGAAUAAACGAGCACGUGUUUUCUUAAUAUCCUCCAGAGCAGGCGGACAGGGUAUUAAUUUGACUGGCGCUAAUAGAGUGAUAAUACUCGAUACGUCAUGGAAUCCAUCUAACGAUCAACAAAAUAUUUUCCGUGUAUUUCGUCUGGGUCAAAAGAAAAACUGCUACAUUUAUAGACUUCUUGCGAUGGGCACAAUGGAAGAAAAAGUUUACUCGAGAUCGGUAACAAAACAAGCAAUGAGUUUUAGAGUUGUAGACGAACAACAAAUCGAUCGUCAUUAUAGCAUGGCAGAGUUGACUGAAUUAUACAGCUUAACAAUGCCAGAUUAUGAAAAUAGACCAAUGCCGGAUUGUCCACAGGAUAGUAUCCUAGCAAGUUUGCUUCUAAAUUAUCCAUCGUUGGUGUAUAAAUACCACGAACAUGAUAGUUUACUCGAAAAUAAAGUGGAGCAAGAAUUAAGUGAGCAAGAGAAACAGGAUGCUUGGUCCGCAUAUGAGAGGGAUCAGCAAUUAAGUACUGAAAGUCGCGAAUUGCCAAAUACGGAUGAAUUGCAAAACAAUAUCUCCGCUCCGAAGUUUCCUUCAUACAUGGGUUCUUUAUCAGCAUUCAAUCAAAUGUCAGCACUUUUCAAUUACGGUAAUUAUUCGCCUGCGACACUUUCAUCGUACUUGCCAUAUCUUUCGCACUUGGGUAAUUAUACAAGCAAUCAGCAAUAUUUGGAAAUGCGCAAGAGACUCGCGGAAGGCACAUUUGCCUAUCCAGACAUAAGCACUUCCCUGGGCAGUACAGCGUUUGGUGCACCAUUCUCACAAAAUCCAACGAAAUCAAUUUCCACGAAUCCGCUCAUAUCCGACUUGAAUAUGCACAGCAAUCCCUUGCAGAGCAAUCCGCUCAGUGCGCUUGGCGAUUUGAGCAUGUUUGGCUUGGGUGCAGUAGGCAAUCACAUGUCGCACAAUGUAAGUACGCCAACAUUGCCGCCCAGGCAACACAACUCGCCCACCUACCCAUCAACAACGCCACCAACGGCGAGUAGCCUGCAGGCGAAUUACGAUUAUCAAAUGUAUGAGAAUAGUUUGAAAAGCCUGGUUAAUUACAGGCAUGAUUUUACGGGCAAUGGCAAUAAAUCAAAGGCUGCUACUAACACAACGAUAAACCAGUUUCGCAAUCCACUCUAUCCAUCGCCGACUAAUCUAAGUUUUGAUAAAAACGCUUUGUCAAGCCUAAAUAGCACUUCGCCAAAGACUUUGGAGCAGCCGACGACACAGAAAUCACAAACAGAUAAAACAACAACUAAGACAGCAACAGAUUUGUCAAUGUCCGUAAAUGCGAACACACGCAACGAUACAAAUUUGAGCAAGAGUAACUUCUCGGUGGCAAACUCGAGCGGUGCUCGUAGUUCUCCACUGCCACAAGCUGCAAAACGUAGUUUUCCUAACGAUAUGAACUCAACGAAUGCAACGAGCCUAAUCGACGAGAUUUUAAUGUCCAGCCAGAAAUCCGCAAAAGAAACACAGCAACAAAGUGGCAUGCCAAAUUUGGCGAAUUUUCAAACAGCAUUCAAACCGAGUAGUGCGUCCAGUAGCGGUAGUAUUUUUUCAAGUAAAAAUACGAGCGUUAAAAUGCCAAGUGAAACUAAUAUGAGCACGAAUCCUGAAAUGCAAAUUAUACCCACGACCAGUUCGCCAGGCUCCACGAAUAUCCCAAAGCAAUUUAGUGAUAUCUCACCGAGCAUCUCACUAACUGCUGUUACAACAAAUACCAACACCAGUAGCGCUCACAACAAGCCGACAUUCAAUCAAUCCAAGAUGCAAACGAAAAAUCCCACCAACAAUAAAGUGGCGUCAAGUGAAUCGCCUACACCCAUACUACCAUAUUCGGCGAUUAAAUUCUUUGAAAACAACAAGAAAUCGCUAAAUCGUACCAUAUCAAAGCCCACAGUUACAAUGGCCAAAACGAAAUUAACGCCAUCCGCCGAGUCGAUAUUGAAAUCGGCAGCGCCAACAACUUCUUCGCAAAAUGCACAAAAUACGUUUCAGCCGAGCACAGCUGAUGUUGUGUCCAAGUUGUUAACCAUGAAAAAUAAGAAUAUUCUUCAGCGAAAACCACAAGCUGUGCAAAUGCAACCAGUAAAGUCCACACCAACAACUACACAAAGCUCAUUACCGACAACACUUGCCACUGUGAAAUCUCUAAAUGGUAAUACGAAAGCACCGUCGUCGAAAUCAAACGUGCAAACGUUGCAAAGUGAUGCACGAAAAGCUGCACUCUCUAUUGAGAAGCGUUUACCAACCCUCAUUACGCCAUCGCAAUCUGCUGCAAGCGUUCAAGUACUUAAAGCGCCAUUAGGCCCGAGUACACUGAAAAUUCAGCCCAGUUCUUCAAAGCAAUCCGCCUCGUCUGCGACCAAUGAUAACAAGUACAUUCUGGAGACUUGUAUUAAUCAGAAAAAGUUUGUGAUUGGCGCUCCUACAAAAGGUGGCGGUGGAACGACUGUAACUAGAGUGCAGCAACAAGGAAAACGAAAAAUGCCAGAAAACAUGUCCAAAGAUAUCGGAUCGAACGAAUCGAAACGCUCAAAAUAAAGAAGAUUGCAACAGAUUUUUAUUUACAUAAUAAGUAUUUAUUUAAUUAGCUUAAAUAUUGAAGUUAUGAAUUUAAAUAAAUGUUUUUUAUUAUACAAUUAAGUUUAUAUAUAUAAUCAUCUAAAUGAAUGUAAAUGUUUUUAUGGGAAAACAAAUAUUUAAGAUUUAUUUUAUUGAUAAUAACUUAAUUAAGAAUACUCUUAAAUUAUACUUGUCUGUAAUAGUUAAUUGGAAGACGCAAGCAAAUACAUACAUAUAUACAUAUAUAUAUAAUAUAUGUGUACAUAUACUAAUGAAUAUAAAGAA